AUGCCUUACCAGUAUAUCAAGAAAUGUGGCAAUCUCCUCGCCGCCGCAAGAGGUUCGAAUAUCGACAUAUUUAACUCAGCUGACGGCUCAUUAUGCUCAACAUGGAGCUCUGCUCCUGCUCCUGCCCAAGUUUCUCAAAAUGCGAGCUCAAUUCCUGAAGACACAGAUGCCAAUUUGGCUGCUCAAGAGCCUCAGCCAGCAUCCGUGGAGAAUGAGGUGAAUACAACGUCUCCUCCAGCAAAAAGAAGAAAACUCUCUUCAACUGAAGAUGGGAAGAACAUUGAGUCUAAGGAAGAUAUUAAGGAGCCCGAAAAAGGAGGAAAGAACGAAAAGAAGCAGAAGCAAAACAAGAGACCAGGAUCUUCUUCCUCUGGACUCGAAGCCCCUGCUGUGAUUGCUCUGGCCGUGACCAAGAAUGCUCAGCAUGUGGUUGCCAUCACCGGGGAAGACAAAAGCAUCCGGGUUUUCGAAGUUAUAGAGAAACAUGGAAUACCGCAGCUGAACCAUAUUAGCCAGAGAGCUAUGCCUAAACGGCCAUCAUCUCUCGCCAUUACGGACGACUCCUGGACCAUCAUCAGCGCCGAUAAAUUUGGCGACGUUUACUCCCUCCCAUUACUGCCCUCAGAAGUUACUCCUCAGGCUCAGGCGACGAGAGCAUCCUCUAUGGCAUCAGAACGGCCUUACAAACCUGCAGCCAAUGAACUAACCAUCCAUUCGCAACGCAAUCGUAAAGCGCUAGAGAACCAAAGGCGGCACGGAAAUGCAGCGCCCGAGAAGAUUGCACCCACUUUUGAGUGCAAUCUCUUACUUGGACAUGUCUCAAUGCUUACGGAUCUCUUGGUCGUGACUCUAAAUGACCGGAAUUAUAUUAUCACUGCCGAUAGGGAUGAGCAUAUCCGCGUCUCACGCGGCAUCCCACAAGCACAUAUCAUUGAAAACUUCUGUCUUGGCCAUAAAGAGUUUAUUAGUCGCAUUUGCAUACCGAAUGAGCGACCGGAGGUACUCAUUUCUGGUGGAGGGGAUGAUUACUUGAGUGUUUGGAACUGGGAAGCUGGCAAACUGCUAUCUCAGGCUCCCAUUAAAAGCUAUGCUACGGAUGUGCUAAGUGAGCGGAUGAACGAAGCGGAUAGAACGGCGUUGAAGGAAUCUCAGAAGGUUGCUGUCUCGGGGAUCUUUCACACCCGACAAUCUUCUAAUGGUGGAUUCCUUGAUUUGAUCCUUGUGGCCUGCGAAGCCAUUCCCGCACUUUUCAUAUUCUCCCUCACCGCAAACAACGUGUUGGAAUACACGCAAACCCUCAAAUUACAGGGGAACGCAUUAUCUGUAGCUACGGAUCUCCCUACACUCGAGGUGGGCAAACGAAUGCUCGUCUCCAUCGACGAUAUAUACGAGCCCGGCUCGGCCACUCAGCUGAGACCAGUCGGUGAUAAUAUAACCAACCCUCUCCAGGCUUUCGUUUUUGAGAACGGUGUGUGGGUUACGGACGAAGGUUUUAAGAUGGCAUUGGUGAAAGAUGAUGAAGCGUUGGCGGGUCGGGAUGGUAACAACAGCCGACUUCAGAAUCUGUUGUAUAGUAUCGAAAACUUGCGUAAAAGAGAUGGCGAGGAGAGGGGCGGUGAAGCAGCUGGGGAUGAUAUUACGCAAGACGCCGGCCAAGAAACCGGUGCUGUCCAGGACGAAGAUGUUCAAGUUACUGGUUGA